AUGGAACAACUUGAAUACGACUUGAAGUAUUGCCAUCCAAGGUGGCCGCAGGAGAAGAAAUUCGUGAAAACCGAAAUGAAGAGAGUGCGUGCCUUGCCUUUGUUUUAUGCUUACGAUGCUUGGUUUUAUAUGGACUGGAUUAUUUUGUUUUUGAUCGUCGCUACCAUUGCUACACACUUCGUGUUUCUUUACCUGGACACGAGGGCCACGUGGUACAUCUAUACUCGAACAAUAAGUAUUAUGAAUCUUCUCGUUUGGUUACGUUUGUUGAAGUUUGUACGCCCUUUUCCAGGCUUCGGGACUUUGGUUUUGAUCCUUUCCGAGACUAUGGGGGAUUUUAUGAAUUGGGCAUUCUUGUUCUUUUUAAUCAUGGUGCCAUUCGCCGCUUCCUUCUGGCUAAUUUUUGGUCCACUUUCGAUAUAUCCUGUUCACGGGUAUCGUACGACUGGCGAACUGCUUUAUCGUGUUUUCCAGAUAGCCAUCGGGGAUGAUUUUAACUCGGAGGAGAUUGUAGCAGCAGACGCAGUUGUAGUGCGAAUACUUGUUGCACUCUAUGUUACUGCAAUGACCAUCGUCACGUUGAAUUUACUUAUUGCGUUGCUAAGUGAUACGUUUACCCGGGUAUAUACAGCAAUGCGGUUUCCAACACUAUCAUGCAGAGAGCCAUAAAAAUUGUCAAAUCCGAACAGUGCCUGAUAAAGGGUCAAAAAUCGCACUACAAGGAAUACAUGAGAAUGAACUGCAGUCCUGAAAUUAUCAAAAUACAGGUGGCGCCAUGGAACAAAGGUGAAGAAAGCAAGGCAAUCGAAACGGAAGUUUAUGAUGAUAUCCUCAAUGCAAAGAGUAUUUUGAAUGACCGUUGUGAGAAAAUAUACGGCAAAGACAAGACGUCAGAUUUUGAUGGCGUUAUAACAUGA